AUGUCUCGUGUCCUGGAAGGCAAGCUUGGAAUUGUGACCGGUGCCUCUCGAGGUAUUGGCGUCGCCGUCGCUGAGAACCUCGCCGCAAAGGGCUGCAACCUCGUCCUGGGCUACACUUCCCCCUCCUCCAAGACCCCCGCCGAGCAGCUCGCCGUAGACCUCCAGGCAAAGCACAACAUCCAGGUCAUCGCUGUCCAGGCCGACAUGGGCACCAUUGAGGGUCCCAAGUCUCUCAUUGCGACUGCGAAGUCCCACUUCGAGAAGCUCAACGGGGGCAAAUUCCAGGUCGACGUGCUCGUCAACAACGCCGGCGUCGCCCACAACAACCCGCUGCAGGACGUCACGGUCGAGCAAUUCGACAUCAGUUACCGCGUAAACGUCCUCGGCCCGCUGCUUCUCGUCCAGGCCGUCCAGCCGUACCUACCCACUGACCGUAGCGGCCGCAUCGUCAACAUGUCGUCCGUCAGUGCGUCGAUCGGCCUCCCAGGGCAGUCCGUCUAUGGCGGCACAAAGGCCGCCCUCGAUGCCAUGACCCGCACCUGGGCUCGCGAGCUCAGCGAGAACGCCACCGUCAACGCCAUCAACCCGGGCCCCGUGCUGACCGAUAUGUACGGCGGAAAUACGCCCGAGUUCAAGCGCUUCCUUAAGAGCUACAUCGAGCACACCCCGCUGAUGAAGGCGCGCAAGGGCGUCGACUCAGACGAGCUCGUCAAGGCAGCCGAGGAGGAAGGUGGUCGACCGGCGUACGUCGAUGAGAUUGCAGGUAUCGUAGGCAUGCUUGUCUCGCCCGAAUCGGCUUGGUGUACGGGGCAGGUUGUUUGUGCUAAUGGCGGUAUGGUGUUGGGCAUGCAGUGA